AUGCAGCUGGAUCGCCCGGUGUACCGGGGGCGCUUUGCUCGACAUCCCGGACUGAGGGAUGAUGAUAUCCUGUCAGAAGAGGCCAACAUCAAUGCCCGUCGACUCCAGGAAGGAAGGUUCCAGAAGUCUCGCUUCAACGAGUCAGGAAAAAGCAAGAAGAAGGAGGUGGCAGAGGUAGCAGCUCCUUCUGAGAUCACCGACGUUGAUCAGGCGCUGACCUUCUUCGCUUCGAGCCGGGAGAGCCGCAAGGACCGGUUGUCGAAGCCCUCCAUGGGCUCCAUGGACUUCAGCGACGGAGGCCCGGAGGAGGAGGACAGCAUCAGUCCGGCCAGCAGCAUGCCUGGCAGCCCGCUCAGCUCCGGCAAGCGGCCCGAGAGGACGAAAUUCUUGAGUUCGAGGUCUCAGACGAUGCCGUGA